AUGGAAAGAGGAGAUGAAGUAGGAGAUAAGAGACGUGAGAGAGGAAAUAGAAAGGGUGGCGGAAGGACAGAAGGAGGUGGUGAGAAAAAAGAGAAAAUGAAGGAAGAAUUGAGAGUUAGAGAAGAGAAAUGGAAUAGGGAGAGAGAGGAAUUUAGAGAGAAGAUAGAGAGAAUAAAAAGAGAGUUGAAAGGGCUGAAGAUAGAGAAGGGAGGGGGAGAGAAGGAUAUAGGAAGAGCACAAGGAGAGAGAGGGAUGAGUGAAAGGAUUAUGGGAGCGGAACCGGAAGAAUGGAUGAAAAAAGUCAGGCAGUUAGAAAAGAGAUGGGAAAGAAAAGAAAGAGAGAAUAAGAGAAAAAGGAUAGGAGGAAAAGGAAGUUCGAAAGAGAGAGUAGAAGAAAUACUGAGGGGAUUGAGAGUGGAGGUUAAAAUAGAGGAUAUAAGGAAAAUAGAUGUAGAAAGAAGAGGAAAGGGAGAUAUGGUAGUAAUAAGGGUGGGGAGUGAAGAUAUGAAAAGAAAUAUAUUAUUAAAUAAAUGGAGGCUGAAAGGUAAGAAUUGGUGGAUAGAGAAGAAUUUAACGUGGGAGGAAAAAAGAAUAAGGUGGUGUAUUAGGCAAGUGGCGAGGAAAGAAGGGAUGAAAGGAAGAAGGGUAAAGGCGGAGCAAGGAGGAAUGUGGAUAGACUGGAGUAUGGUGGAGGUGGGAUGA